GAAAUGUCCUGUCUGGAUGAGGUUUCCUUCAAGAUCCCUCUGGGCUUUCUUGAAGAUGCAAAGGAAGAGGUUGAGCUCAUUUCCGCUCCAGAAAUCCCCCUUCCAGACUACCUGAAGAUCCUGCAGGAAACUGAGUAUGUGUUCAGCCUGGAGAACUGGGUGCUCACAGGUCUGCAGGGCGGCUACUCCACCCUCACCCCCCGCUCUUCAUGUGAGCUGACGGCAACCUGUCCUCCGUACUGGAUGAUGUUCAGCAGCCCUCAGGAGAGCCGCUUGGCCAGCCGCUGGAGCAGUGACUUCUGGGAACCAAACCCACGUCCACGCAGUCGCAGCUUAAACGCAGCCCACUACCGCAACAUGAACACCCGAGUCAAAUUCACCAUUUCUGACUCUGAGGAUGAAGAGUUUGCCGAAGAGGAUGGGGGUGCUGAGGGUGAAGCACAACCCAAACAGAGAGAUUUGGCUUUGGAGAGACAAGGACCAGAGUUGAAAGACUUACGCACUUGUAAAUCACCAAACUUUCUCAGCCUGCCUUCACCUUGCAGCCUUUCCGCACAGAACGUCCGACCCUCAUCCCUCUGCAGGGUUAAUUCUCCUCGAAGACACUUCCAGAGAAGUCAGAGAACAUCUGCACAUGCUAACGCCUGUCCUGCAGCUUCAGCCAAUCAGCUGCAGUCUGAAUGCAUAAACAAUCCCACUACAAAGGCCCAGAGUUCAUGGUGUCCCCCGGCCCCUCCACGGCCACUCAAUUCCCACGCUGCCGUCCUGGACUCAUCUGUGGAGCUGCUGUCGGCUCUGAGCCCAGAGGAGCGGGACCUGCUGGCGGCCGUCACUGAGCAGGGGUACCCGCUGCGGACCGCCAUCAUCGCCCUGCAGAAAACCGGCCAGCAAAGUCCAGAGCAGAUCUUGAGUUAUCUGGUGGCGUGUGAUCGCUUAUGUGAACGAGGCUAUGAUGAAGCUCAGGUUGAAGAAGCUCUCGAGAUGUUUCAGAACUGCGAGACUAAGGCUGAGGAGUUCUUGCAUCUUCUGGCUCAGUUUAAUGAAAUGGGCUUUCAGCAAAACGCCAUUAAAGAGGUUCUUCUGGUGCACGAAAACCACCGCGAGCGAGCGCUGGAGGAGCUGAUGACCCGUGUGGCCUGAUCCAGAAUCACAAUCAUCAUGAUAUCAGGGUUUGUACUGUUCUCAGAGCUGCUGCUUAUUUAUCACACGCUGAACUGUUUAUUCAUUAUUGUGUUAUUAUAGACAUACAGUCAACACAGGCUCAUUGUGGAUACGUACCCCUGUCUACAUUUAUGGAGAGUGCUAGUUAUGUAGGCAGAGGUACAUCUGGCUGUAUUUUGUCAUUAAAACGAAUGAUACGGAGCGGUAUGAUGACACCGACGGCUUCUGUCCAAUUUAGUGCCACCAGCUGGCCACUUAUCUCCAUACGGACAGCUUUUCCGGUGUUAGCAGUUUGCCUAGUAGCUUGCUGCAUAUGUUGGCAACUUGGGACGCAGAACGAAGUUGGCCACGAUGGCUGGGUUCAAGUCCAGUGAUGAGCAGUUCCAGAAACUAGGUAAAACAAAAUCAAAAAAUAAAUGAAUAAAUUAAUAAACAACAGGCU